AGGAGUCCUUCAGUAAGCACCAUUAGUCUCUUUUCGUUGCGCGUUAUGCUCUCGAGUGGAGUCUUUAUUGUUUUGCUCCGAUUGCCUUCAUCAAUCUACACCUCGCCAACAACACCGACCUUCUCGGUUUUUCCUGAUAUAAAGACUCCCCCACUUUCCUCGUUCAUUUUUUUUUUCUUCUCUUCACUCUCAUCUCCACAUUUCUCUCACACCUCCAACCCAACCCCUACCCCACACUCACAUACAUCAACCAUGUUCGGAUUCGGAAGCCACCACGAAGAAGUUUACGGCGAGCAGACCCACUCGUCCUCUUGGUCCCACGAGCUCAUUGCCGGCGCCGCCGCUUUCGAGGCCAUGAAGUCGUACGAGGACAAGCAGCCCGGCGAGAAGCACAAGCUUACCAAGGAGAUCUUCGCCGCCAUGGCCGCCGCCGAGACCGACAAGCUCUUCGAGACCAAGGGCCUUGACUUCCUUGACCGCGAGAAGGCCAAGCACCAGGCCAAGAAGAACGCCGAGCGCAUCUACGAGGAGAAGUACGAGUAACUCAAACUUGCCAGGUCACCGGACGAUAGUCAUCACAACCCCGGGUAUCGGCACGCGUGAGAAGACAGCAAUCCACGGUGACCAUUCGCGAACUUAGACUCUCCUUCUUCCAUGUACUCCACCAUAUUCAAAUGUAUAUAAAAGGGACAAAUAAAUUCCCUUCUUUCUAAUAAAAAAAAGAAAAAAAACAUUGAAAAAAAAAA